CACCCUCACUGAUUCUUGCCCAGAGCUCCAGCCCCCUCACUGACCCCUCCUCAUAGACUCUCCCCCACCCCUCACUGCCCUCCUCCCUUCACUGAUCCAACCUAGGGCUGCAUUUGGAACUUCCUUGUGGCUGCAGCUGCAGCAAGUGCUCUGGCCAAUUGGUUCCAGCCGGGGUCUAUCUGUCUCCUUCUGAGUGACUGCCUUAGGUCUAGACAUUCUCCAAGAACCAUGGAAGUUCCUCGGUGCUCAAAGAAGAGCUUGUCUCUAACCCUGCCUCUUCCUGUUCCCCGAGAGGGACAGGCAACCCUGAAACCACCCCAGCACCUCUGGAGGCAGCCCCGGACUCCCAUCAAGAUCAAACACCGAGGCUACUCGGACACGGACCGCCAUGUUCACCGGCAAAUGGAGAGGUCUAAUGCCGUGGACACGAGCGACCGACCCGGGCUGAAGAAAUCCCGGAUGUCUUGGCCCUCCUCGCUGCAGGGAUCGAUCAGGCGUUUUGAUGUGGAGAAUGGCCCGUCCCCAGUCCGGGACUCACAGGCCAGUCCGGGGCUGGUGCUGCACCCAAGCUUCCCCCAGAGCCAGCGACGAGAGUCCUUCCUGUACCGGUCCGACAGCGACUACGACAUGUCACCCAAAACCAUGUCUCGCAACUCCUCCAUCACCAGCGAUGUGCAUGCUGAGGAUCUCAUUGUCACGCCUUUUGCUCAGAUAUUGGCAAGUUUACGCAGCGUUCGGAAUAAUUUCACCGUCCUCGCCAACACCCAAGGAACCCCCAACAAAAGAUCUCCGGUCGUGCCACAGCCCCCUGUCUGCACGCUUUCAGAUGAAACCUACCAACAGCUGGCGAAGGAGACGUUGGAGGAGCUGGACUGGUGUCUGGACCAGCUGGAGACCAUCCAAACCUACCGCUCGGUUAGCGAGAUGGCUUCAAACAAGUUCAAGAGGAUGCUGAAUCGGGAGCUCAGUCACCUCUCGGAAAUGAGUCGCUCAGGAAAUCAAGUCUCGGAGUACAUCUCCAGCACCUUCCUAGACAAACAGAACGAGGUGGAGAUCCCGCCGCCCACACAGAAGGAGCGGGAGAAGAAGAAGAAGCAGCCGAUGUGCCAGAUCAGUGGAGUGAAGAAUCUCACCCACAGCUCCAGCCUGACCAGCUCUGGCCUCUCCAACUCCAGCCUCCCCAAGCUUGGCGUCAAAACCGAGCAGGAGGAACUGCUCGCCAAGGAACUGAACGACUUGAAUAAGUGGGGCCUUAACAUUUUCCGGGUGGCGGAGUGUUCCAACAACAGGCCACUGAGCACCACAAUGUAUGCCAUAUUCCAGGAGCGAGAGCUGAUGAAGACGUUCCAGAUCCCGUUGGACACCUUCCUGACCUACACCAUGACACUGGAGGAUCACUAUCACGCAGACGUGGCCUAUCACAACAGCCUGCACGCCGCGGACGUCACUCAGUCCACACACGUGCUGCUCUCCACACCCGCACUGGACGCUGUUUUCACGGAUCUGGAAAUCCUCGCUGCUGUUUUUGCUGCUGCCAUUCAUGACGUCGAUCACCCAGGCGUUUCCAAUCAGUUCCUGAUUAACACGAACUCGGAGCUGGCCCUGAUGUACAAUGACGAGUCGGUGCUGGAGAAUCAUCACUUGGCCGUGGGCUUCAAACUGUUGCAGGAGGAAAACUGUGACAUCUUCCAGAGCCUGAGCAAGCGGCAGCGGCAGAUGCUGCGCAAGAUGGUGAUCGAAAUGGUCCUGGCCACAGACAUGUCCAAGCACAUGACAUUGCUGGCCGACCUGAAGACAAUGGUGGAGACGAAGAAAGUGACGAGCUCGGGGGUGCUGCUGCUUGACAACUACACAGACCGCAUCCAGGUGAUGAGGAACAUGGUGCACUGUGCGGACCUGAGUAACCCCACCAAACCCCUGGAGCUGUACCGGCAGUGGACUGAUCGCAUCCUCGAGGAGUUCUUCCGUCAGGGAGACCGGGAGCGGGAGCGAGGGAUGGAGAUCAGCCCCAUGUGUGACAAGCACACGGCCUCGGUGGAAAAGUCCCAGGUGGGCUUCAUCGAUUACAUUGUGCACCCGCUGUGGGAGACUUGGGCUGACCUGGUGCACCCGGACGCUCAGGACAUCCUCGACACUCUGGAGGACAACAGGGACUGGUACCAGAGCAUGCUCCCGCAGAGCCCCUCGCCCCCGGCUGAGGACCUGGACAAGAGCGAGCAGGCCUGCGUGGACAAGUUCCAGUUUGAGCUGACCCUGGAGGAGGACUCUGACCGAGAAAGAAAUGCAGAGGGCGAGGAGGGGGAGGAGGAAGGUGACAGUCAGCACUGCGCAGAGGAGAUGAUGUACACCCCAGAGGGUCCGAGCGAUGACGGACAUUCGGACUUGACAGCCGAGGACACCUCUUCCGUCGAGUCGUAAGAAAACGAAGCCCAGUUAGUGGGGUGAAAAGGGGAAAGGCCCCAGAGGCUGGUAAAGAACACACACAAACUACUAUCCAAGGUCGUUUGUCUUUUAAGGGAGACGGAAGAUGCAACUGAAGCCGGGAUGUGUGCUCACCCUGUGAGCUCUCUGGUGCUGGGAGACAGGUCGUGCACUCAGGAAUAUUUUGUGGGAAGUGAAAGUCCGGGAGAUUAAAGCCAUUUUGUCCUGUUCUGAACUCUCGCUGGGGGAGAGGGGAUGUGGGGGGUGGGGGGGAAUUGGUUGUGGGUGAAGACACACUGCUCAUCUCCACCGCUCUUCCUGCCUGGCUUUACCCCAAUCCCCCUCCCCUCCCCUCCCUUCUUCCCGCCUUUUCUCCGACGAAAGACAUGGCAGGAGCCGAAUUCUCCCUCAGUGAAUGGAAUCUGCUCUCUGCUCUUCCUCGAGUUUGAACGGUGUGACUGCGUGCCUUUUUCUAGCAACCACCUACAACCGAUGUGUUUGUAGUGAGUAAGCAAUGAUUUUGUUUUUUAUUUGGAGAAAGUUAUUUUACGCACUGGAUUUUACUCCUAAUUUAUUCCACACGGCUCUGCCUGGGAGCCUGACCCGCUGGUCUCAGCCGAGCCGAAGAGAAACACUAACGCAGCUAGCUGUUACCAGCCAAGCCAAGUCUUCCUCCAACCUUCUUUUUUGCACAAUACGGGAAAAAUCUCUUUAGGAUGUUUUUAAUAAUUUAUGUCGGUCACAGGCUCGCUCGCUGUCUCUCCGAGGACUGUAACCCAGAAACGGUUGCGUUUAUUUGACUUUCUGCAUUUGUUGUUGUUGGUGCCACUGCCCUCAGUCUCUGCCCGAACCCCCCACCACCCACCUUCUGUCCGCUCUCUGUUCAGAACCCCCAGUGGUAGUCAGUCAGUGGUUACUUCCUCACUGAGACACAGUGCCAUAUUUAUCUUCCUAUAUAUACAUGCCCUAUAAACACAGGAAGAGGCCAUUCAGCCCCUGGGAUCUGUGCCGCUACCCCACAUGUUGCCUCCAUUCCCAGCUCUCUGCCCUGAAUGAUUUCAGUGCUCAGCUUUCACCCGCAAAAUCCGCAAGUCGAUUCGCUUUCCAGUAUACUCUGUGAAGCGCUUUGAGAUGUCUCGAAGACGCAAUAAGUCGCU